CUUAUCAUGUCACAACCCAAGGAUAUCCAUGAGGCUGUCUUGCCGAAAGUGAUGCAGACUGUUCGUGCUGCUUCGGCUCUAGCUGCUCAGGAUGUGAACUUCUACAAAUCAGUGGAUGCUGAUUUGGCACAGAAGAUUGAUACAUCUGCCAGAGGUGUCUUGGACAUAGCGAACAAAUUGAUACGGAAUGUGGGUCCCACUGAAGAAACCAGUAGUAGCAUCAGAUUUGGAAUUGACAACAUUUCUAGUGAAUCGGACUGGAAGCCUAUUGCCAAUGUGCUUGAUAGCAUUUUUGAGAAUAUCGACAGUGCAUUUGACCAGGCUAUCAGGGCCAAGAAUGGAAGGAAAGAUGAUAACAGCAACAGUAAGAACUUGCAGUACUUGGAAGAUGGCAACGAUGUCAAUCUGAAGCAUUCUGGGAAGAGGAUAACGAAGCCUCAACUCAGUUUCAGAGUACCAGUAGACAACUCAGAAUCUCAUCCUUUCAAGCCCAAACUCACUUGUAAACCCAAUGGCUUAAAAAGCUUUGAGGAAAGUGUAGAAUUGAAGAGUCCAGAGCCCAAUUAUGAGAAUUCUAUCGAGAUUGUCGACCCUGCAUUCUAUCCACAACCAUAUGAAUAUGAGAUUGACACACAGCCCUAUCCUGCUUCGAUUCUUGAGAAAUCAGAACCAAUAGCUCCACAAGACUGGACUUCAACCACAGCCACUUGGGUAGACACUGUGGAAGAGUUGCAGAAGAUGGUAGAGGAGUUGAAAAAACUGUCAGAAAUUGCAGUAGAUUUGGAACAUCACGAUUACCGUUCUUACUACGGAAUUGUAUGUUUGAUGCAGAUAUCUAAUAGAGACCAAGACUGGAUAAUUGAUACGUUGGCUCUCCGUGACGAUUUGGAGUGUCUCAACACAGUUUUCACCAAUCCUCACAUUGUCAAAGUCUUUCACGGUGCGUUUAUGGACAUCAUCUGGUUGCAGAGAGAUCUUGGCUUGUACAUAGUUUCUUUGUUUGACACCUACCAUGCCUCAAAGCUGUUGGGAUUUCCUAAGUUUUCAUUGGCCUAUUUGUUAGAGACAUUUGCCCACUUCAAGACAUCCAAGAAGUACCAGUUAGCCGACUGGCGAAUCAGGCCGCUUCUGCCUCCCAUGAUGGCCUACGCAAGAUCUGAUACUCAUUUCUUGUUGAGCAUUUUCGACCAGUUGAAGAAUAAACUUAUAGAUGCUGGAAACGAGAAGCUUCAAAGAGUAUUGUUUGAUUCGCGUCAAGUAGCCAAAAGACGUUUCGAAUACACUCCAUUCAGACCUUUGACCAAUAAUAUCAACAGCAGGGUUUCCUGUCCUGUAAUGGCCAGUAAUCCCCGGGAGCCUUUCUCAUCUAUCAUGGUGCAAUACAAUGUGCCUUCUCAUAAAAAAUCAGUAGUUGAAGCUUUGUACAAUUGGCGAGACCGUAUUGCAAAGAUCGAAGACGAAUCUGUCCGUUUCGUGAUGCCAAACCAGCUCUUGGUCAACUUGGCCAACUUGAAUCAACCUGUGGAUGUUGCGAAAGUAUUGGGGGCUUCUCAUUUUGUGUCCGAGCAUGUGAGAUUAAACGCCAAAGAAGUAGCAGAGUUGCUUGAAAACACAUUGAAGUUGGCUUCCGACAACGACUGGGACUUGGUAGACAAAUGGAACGAUGCCCAGAAUGGAAGGAGUGUAGCAGAGGUAGACUAUUCGAAUAUUGAUGAAGAUGUUGCAGAACAAACAGGCGAAAGCUUUGACCUUCUUUGUCAAAGCUUGGAUGUUUUAUUAGGCAAUUCUACCAGCACAUCGUUAGUUUCUAAACUGACUCGUUUGUUCUCUAAUAUCUACGAUAAUUCUGCACAGCAAACGCUCGAAAUCGAUCCAGAGAAGUCUGUAGUCGUUAAACACGACUUUGGCAGCGAAUACAAUUCAAGACUUGUAGAGGUUUGGAAUGGUCUUCAAGAGCUCGAGAGAUCACAGUCUAUGACUGUCUCCACUGAGGUUGCUGAAGAAGCAGACGAAGAACAAGAAAUAGCUGAGGAAUCUCAACCAGCAGUAGAAAUCCAGCCCAUUCAACCAGUUAUUCUGUUCAAAGAAGAUAAACUCGAUCCAAAUGAAAUUGUCACUAUUCGUAAGAAGAAGCAUGGGGUUCAACAAAAGAAGAAUCCUCAAACUACAUUGAAACAGUUAGAAGGCCCAGUAUUGGACUUUGCUACAUCCAAUAAAGUCAUGCUUGACACUGGCAAGGACAGGUAUAAUAAGAAGAAGGAAAACCAGAAGAAACGUUCAUUUGACCCAUACUCCAAGGAGAGCGAGGGUCCUAAGCCAGCCAAAAAGACGAGAAAGUUGAACGAGGGUAAGUCGUCUACUUUCAGAAAUACGAGAAGGGGAUAGAUAGAAUAGUGUAUAAUAGAACAAUAGUAGCGAUAGAUU